UUGCGGAAGUGUGGCUCCGGCUUCCUUUGGUACCAGGAAGGGAGCGUUCAGAAUGGAAGAGGAGGAAUUAGAAUUUGUGGAUGAGUUGGAAGCUGUACUACACUUGUCGCCCGAAGUUCAGCAAGCAAUAGAACAGGUUUUUCCAAGUCAGGAUCCAUUAGACAGAGCAGACUUCAAUGCAGUGGAGUACAUCAACACCCUUUUUCCCACUGAGCAAUCCCUGGCAAAUAUUGAUGAUGUCGUUAACAAAAUACGGUUAAAAAUAAGGCGGUUAGACGACAAUAUCAGGACAGUUGUGAGAGGACAAACAAAUGUGGGACAAGAUGGGAGACAGGCCCUUGAAGAAGCACAGAAAGCCAUUAGACAGCUCUUUGGAAAAAUUAAAGAUAUUAAAGAUAAAGCAGAGAAAUCUGAACAAAUGGUUAAGGAAAUCACACGAGAUAUCAAGCAGCUGGACCAUGCUAAGCGGCACUUGACCACAUCUAUCACAUCUCUGAAUCAUCUGCACAUGCUAGUUGGUGGUGUUGACUCACUAGAAGCAAUGACUCGACGGCGCCAGUAUGGAGAAGUUGCAAAUCUUCUCCAGGGGGUGGUAAAUGUGUUGGAGCACUUCCAGAAAUACAUGGGAAUUCCUCAGAUCCGUCAGCUCUCUGAAAGAGUGAAAGCAGCCCAAACAGAACUGGGACAGCAGAUUUUAGCAGACUUUGAGGAAGCUUUUCCAUCCCAAGGAUCAAAAAGACCCGGAGGCCCCAGCAAUGUCUUACGAGAUGCUUGUCUUGUUGCAAAUGUCCUUGACCCCAGGAUCAAACAGGAAAUUAUUAAGAAGUUCAUAAAACAACACCUCUCAGAAUAUCUUGUUUUGUUUCAAGAAAACCAAGAUGUGGCUUGGUUGGACAAAAUUGAUCGUCGUUAUGCUUGGAUCAAGAGGCAGCUUGUGGAUUAUGAAGAAAAGUAUGGUCACAUGUUCCCAUCUGAGUGGUUCAUGACUGAGCGAAUUGCGGUGGAGUUCUGCCACAUAACCAGGACAGAACUUGCCAAGAUUAUGCGAACAAGGGCCAAGGAGAUUGAAGUGAAGCUGCUACUUUUUGCAAUCCAGAGGACAACUAACUUCGAAGGGCUGCUGGCCAAGCGCUUCUCCGGAAGCACUCUGGGUGAUAGUCCUGGGAAGAAGCCUGAGCUGCCGCCUGCUUCAACAAACCCUUUUUUGGAUGAUGAGAAUGGAAAUGAGGAGCCAGCAGAGAAGGAGGAAGAUAUCGAUAAGCCUCGGAAACCAAAGGCACAGGACAACCCUUUUCACGGCAUAAUCUCCAAGUGCUUUGAGCCGCACCUCUAUGUUUACAUUGAGUCUCAGGACAAAAACCUAGGAGAGCUCAUUGAUCGUUUUGUAGCUGACUUUAAAGCACAGGGCCCACCAAAGUCCAACACAGAAGAUGGGGGUGCAGUGCUGCCUAGUUGCGCAGAUCUGUUUGUGUAUUAUAAAAAGUGCAUGGUCCAGUGUUCCCAGCUCAGCACAGGAGAACCUAUGAUAGCAUUAUCCACCAUCUUUCAGAAAUACCUUCGUGAAUAUGCUUGGAAAAUUCUCUCUGGAAAUUUACCCAAGACCACAAGUAGCAGUGGGGGGUUGACAAUUAGUAGUCUGUUAAAGGAAAAAGAAGGUUCAGAAGUUGCCAAAUUCACCCAUGAUGAGCUUUGUCUGAUUUGCAGUAUCCUCAGCACAGCUGAAUACUGUCUGGCCACCACACAACAGCUUGAAGAGAAAUUGAAGGAGAAAGUGGACAAAGUUUUAAUGGAAAGGAUAAACUUGACAGGAGAGAUGGACACUUUCAGCACUGUCAUAUCUAAUAGCAUCCAGUUGUUGGUUCAGGACCUAGAUGCAGCCUGUGAUCCAGCAUUAACUGCUAUGAGUAAGAUGCCUUGGCAGAGUGUUGAGCAUGUGGGAGACCAGAGUCCAUAUGUCACCUCAAUUAUAAUGCACAUUAAGCAGAAUGUGCCUAUCAUCCGGGAUAACCUGGCAUCAACACGAAAAUACUUUACACAGUUUUGUAUCAAGUUUGCCAACUCUUUCAUUCCAAAGUUCAUAAAUCACCUCUUCAGGUGUAAACCCAUCAGUAUGGUUGGAGCAGAGCAGCUUCUAUUGGAUACUCAUUCUCUGAAGACAGUCCUGUUGGACCUUCCUUCUAUAGGAUCUCAAGUGGUUCGUAAGGCACCUGCCAGCUACACAAAGAUUGUUGUGAAGGGUAUGACUCGUGCUGAGAUGAUACUUAAGGUGGUUAUGGCACCUCAUGAACCUCCAGUCGUCUUUGUGGAUAAUUACAUUAAACUCCUUGCUGAUGGAAACCCAGAAACAUUCCAAAAGAUACUUGAUAUGAAGGGUCUGAAACGCAGUGAACAGAGCAGCAUGCUUGACCUCUUCCGACAGAGGCUUCCGACACCACCCUCGGGGGGAGACGGCAUGCCUUCUUUAUCCUUCAGCACCCCUACUCCUGAGCAAGAAUCAUCAAGGAUUCGUAAACUAGAGAAACUCAUCAAAAAGAGACUGUGACAUGGACAUCAAAAUUUUCACCCUCAAGGGACACAUCCAUUCAAGAAGUAUAAGGAUCUUCAUCUUGCAGCCCUAUUGCUUCAUUAUUCAAAAGCUCCUCAAACAGUGAGGACUAGCUUUGAGUCAUGUCAUUCCAGUAAACAUAUGAAACACUAUAACCCCAUUAAAUAUAACUUACUUUAUGUUGUCUAAGGUGCAAUACACAAUGGUCUAAAUUUGUGCACUGGACUUAGCCACGAUCUCAGCUGUUUAGAGGUCAUGCCUUUGCCUUUUUUGUGGAUUGGUGGGUGGCAGCUAUUUUCUUUGGUGGAUGCUGCAGACAACAGAAAUCACAGUAGGCUAUUGGCUUAUGGUUUAUUUUGUUAGAACAAGAGGUACAGUUUUAAAAAUUAACUGUCUGUUUUAUAGUAAAUACACGGUCAUUGGUACCACAAUGUCUGGAAUCAGAAUUCACAUUUAAAAUGUGGUUAAAUGUUAGAUAAAGAAAUGUUGAGCAAGAAGGAAUUAUGACUAUGCCUGGAAAUGCUUGUUUAAAAUUUGUUGUUUUGUUCUUUAGUGGUUAAAUUGCUUCUUCAGACAAUGCUUACUGUCAUUAAAUAGUGACAUUCAGGUAAUGGAAGCAGAGAAACCUAUCUAAUGACAAGGAUGAAGGAACAGAGAUGGGGGAGGUGUGGGGCUCGACAGGUGUCUGUGUUUUUUGGAAUAAACCUUGGCAGGUCCUAGAACCACAAGAUUCUUUGGGGUUCCUGUCUUGUUCUUCACAUUGACCAAAUGGCUCUUUUUAGUAUAAAACAAGAUGGAGACAUUUCUCACUGUAGUGUUUUGAUGGUUGCAAUGAACGAGAAACCAGUCCAUUUAGCAGGUGCAUACACUUCAGCAUGCUUGACUUUGCUCUUUCUCUUGCUAUAAUAUAAGCACCAGUUGAAUUUUUAAUUUAAAUAGCAUGUUCAAAGCUGACGGAUGCUACUGUAAAUCAAGUGGUUAUGAGAAUGCUGAUAAAUUUGUUAGAAGAACAUUUAUAUUGGGAGUUUUACCAGCUUGCACAAAGCCAGACAGAAGAUGCAGGCUCCCAGAAGAGGUCUCCAAAGUUGUGUUUCAGCUAGAAUUGAGAGCAAAGCUAUUCACUACUUAACCAAUGUUUCCAGAAAGUAACCAAUUUUAAAGACAUGAAAGCAAAACAAACUUUUAUUUGCAAAAAAAAAAAUCUCAAUCAGAUAUUACAACACCUUUUGAUUCCAAGCAACACAAACUGGACUGUUGUCCGACUAUUCAUUUGCAUGUAAAGUGUAAAGGUUUACUUGGCAUUUUUUACCAUAAAGUAUCUUCAAGAUA